GCUUCGGUGCCGAGCCCGCCCCUCGGGCCAGCGCGCGGAGGGGCUCGGGUUUCCCUCGCGCUGGGGCGGGGGCGCGCGCUGCCCGGAUGUGUCCCCCCUCCGGCCCCCGCCGGCGGGAAGGCGGGGUCCCUGCCCCCUCCGCCGCCUCGGGCCUGUACGCCCCUCGGGGCGGUGACGUGCGCAGCCGUCCGGGAGGGGGACGGGCGGCCCCGCGGCCCCGCCCCGCCCCCGCCGCGCCCUCCUCGGGGCGGGAUAAUUGAACGGCGCUGCCGGGGCCCCGCGUUGCCUGCCGAGGCCCGGCCCGAGCGUGGAGCCCGCACCGCCGCCGCGCCCCGAGCCCACCAGCCGCCGCGCCUUUGUCCGCCGCCGCCGCCCAUGGAGCGCGCCCCGCCGUCGCGCCGGCUCCCGCUGACGCUGCUGCUGCUCGGCGGCCUCUCGCUGCUGGCGGCCCCAGUGGGUGCAGACAUCCCCCUGGAGGCUUGCUGUGCAGAUGGACAUCGGAUGGCCACUCAGCACAGGGACUGCUCACUGCCCUAUGCCUCAGACUCUAAGGAGUGCAGGAUGGUUCAGGAGCAGUGCUGCCAUAACCAGCUGCAGGAGUUGCACUGCGCCACAGGCAUCAACCUGGCUAACGAGCAGGACAGCUGCACCACGCCGCCCGGGGACAACACCAGCCUUGAGGCCACGUUCGUGAAGAGGUGCUGUCACUGCUGCCUGCUGGGGAGGGCGGCCCAGGCGCAGGGCCAGAGCUGCGAGUACAGCCUCAUGGUUGGCUACCAGUGUGGGCUGGUCUUCCGAGCGUGCUGUGUCAAGGGCCAGGAGACUACGGACUUUGCCCCUGGGGACACUGGGGACCUUCAGGAAACAGCCAAGAUCUCCGCGGUGGAUGAGGACCAGGAGGACCCGUACCUAAAUGACCGCUGCAGAGGCGGCGGGCCCUGUAAGCAGCAGUGCCGAGACGCAGGGGAGGAGGUCGUCUGCUCUUGCUUUGUGGGCUACCAGCUGCUGCCCGACGGCGUCUCCUGUGAAGAUGUCAAUGAAUGCAUCACGGGCAGCCACAAUUGCCGGCUUGGAGAAUCCUGCAUCAAUACAGUGGGCUCGUUCCGUUGCCAGAGAGACAGCAGCUGUGGGACUGGCUAUGAGCUCACCGAGGACAAUGACUGCAAAGAUAUUGACGAGUGUGAGAGUGGUAUUCAUAACUGCCUCCCCGAUUUUAUCUGUCAGAAUACUCUGGGAUCCUUCCGCUGCAGACCCAAGCUACAGUGCAAGAGUGGCUUUAUACAAGAUGCUCUAGGCAACUGUAUUGACAUCAAUGAGUGUUUAAGCAUCAGUGCCCCAUGCCCUGUUGGGCAGACUUGCAUCAACACGGAGGGUUCUUAUACAUGCCAGAAGAAUGUGCCCAACUGUGGCCGUGGCUACCAUCUCAAUGAGGAGGGAACCCGUUGUGUUGAUGUGGAUGAGUGUUCGCCGUCCUCGGAGCCCUGUGGGCCAGGGCACCUCUGCGUGAACUCCCCUGGAAGUUUCCGCUGUGAAUGCAAGGCUGGUUACUAUUUCGAUGGAAUCAGCAGGACAUGUGUGGACAUCAACGAGUGCCGGCGCUACCCCGGGCGUCUGUGCGGCCACAAGUGUGAGAACACGCCGGGCUCCUACUACUGCAGCUGCACCAGGGGCUUCCGGCUGUCGGCUGACGGCCGGUCCUGUGAAGACGUGAACGAAUGUAACAGCAGCCCCUGCAGCCAGGAGUGUGCCAACGUGUACGGCUCCUACCAGUGUUACUGCCGGCGAGGCUACCAGCUCAGCGACGUGGACGGGGUCACCUGCGAAGACAUUGACGAGUGCGCCCUGCCCACUGGGGGCCACAUCUGCUCCUACCGCUGCAUCAACAUCCCUGGAAGCUUCCAGUGCAGCUGCCCCCUGUCCGGAUACAGGCUGGCCCCCAACGGCCGCAACUGCCAAGACGUUGAUGAGUGUGUGACCGGCAUCCACAACUGCUCCAUCAACGAGACCUGCUUCAACAUCCAGGGCGGCUUCCGCUGCCUGGCCUUCGACUGCCCCAAGAACUACCGCCGCUCCGCAGACACGCUCCGCCAGGAGAAGACAGACACAGUCCGCUGCAUCAAGUCCUGCCGCCCGAGCGACGUCUCCUGCGUGUUGGACCCGGUGCACACCAUCUCCCACACUGUCGUCUCACUGCCCACCUUCCGCGAGUUCACCCGCCCGGAAGAGAUCAUCUUUCUCCGGGCCAUCAUGCCGGUGUAUCCUGCCAACCACGCUGACAUCAUCUUCGACAUAACAGAAGGCAACCUGCGGGACUCCUUCGACAUCAUCAAGCGCUACAUGGACGGCAUGACUGUGGGUGUCGUGCGCCAAGUGCGGCCCAUCGUGGGGCCUUUCCACGCCGUCCUGAAGCUAGAGAUGAACUACGUGGUCGGGGGUGUGGUAUCCCACCAAAAUGUUGUCAACGUCCACAUCUUUGUCUCCGAGUACUGGUUCUGAGGGCUGAUCGACAGCACAGCCAAGUUUGCUCCCCCAGGCCAAGUCAUUGCUGCCAAGGCUAUGCCCUGUCCCUGUUUGUACCCCCUAAGACAUUUCUUAUUUUUAUGUAUUUGUAGUGUUAGGUUGACAUGUACUAAGCUGAGCCAGAUGAAUAAGUCCCUCUGAUGUAUUCUGGUGUUUAAAUAGGGUCCAAUUACUCAACUAUUUAGUUGAAAACCUUGCUUAUUUUUUAAUGCAGUGGUUAAAUGUAGCUCCCUUUCUCUGCCUGUGGGCUGGCAUCGCUAAGGACAAAGGGAAGAAACAGUUUUCAGGGGCCAGCCUGUCCAAAUGCCACGAGAAGAUGAGUGCUCACCCUGAUUGUAUGGAAUGUGACAUUUGGUACUUUUUGCCAAUUCGAUUUGUCUCCCAGUGAUAAAGAGCAGGGCUGAUAAAUUCUACCCCAAAGCAGCACGGCACAGUGCCUUGGGAGCACUUAGAUGGUGAACUGCAGUUUUUCUGAAACAGAAAAACCCAUUGGUAAAGACACAGCCUGUCAGAUUCGUGUGUGGCCCCUGGACAUUCACCAGGGGAACGGCUGGUUGUUCUCUGCACCCUGCAUCCAUGUUUUCUAUCGUAGGCAGGAAAAUAAACAGCUUUGUGGUAUUCCC